CAGAGAUUUACUAUUAGUGCACAUUUAGACUUCUAAACAUCUGCGGUGAACCUUCUGGUUUCAUUUCUGGACUAAUUGGAUGAAAUACUAAAGACACUGGACAGUAUAAGUUUCUGGGGUCAUAGCCUGUGAGCAGCAGCUCGACUCCACCUAUGACGAGCGCUGUGACGUGUGGUCUCUUGGUAUCACAGCCAUAGAGCUGGGUGAUGGAGACCCGCCCUUGGCUGACCUUCAUCCAAUGAGAGCUCUCUUCAAAAUUCCAAGAAAUCCUCCACCUACCCUACACCAACCAGAGCUCUGGUCAAACGAUUUUAAUGAUUUUAUAUGCAAGUGUCUGAUAAAGGAUUUUGAGCUCAGGCCCAAUGUGUUUGACCUUCUUCAGCAUGUCUUCAUCAAACAGAUUGUGGGCCGAGAGAAGACGCUGCAGAAGCAGCUGAUGGAGCUAAUCGACCUCAACCAACAAAUGGGCAUUAUUGAGAAAACCAGGCAUGAGCGUAUCCACACCAAAAAAGGCAGCCACAUGAAGUCUCAAAGUCAAACUUGUGAUGACGUGGAGGAUCUGGCAACCCUAGAGGUUCUAGAUGAAAACACAAUCACCGAACAGUUACAAAGACGUUAUGCAAAGGAGCAGAUCUACACCUACGUUGGAGACAUCCUCAUAGCAGUUAAUCCAUUCCAGAAAACGGAACUGUACACGCCGGAGCAUUCUAAGAUUUACGUUGAAGCCAAAAGAACAUCCAACCCUCCUCAUAUAUAUGCAGUUGCAGACAUUGCAUAUCAGUCCAUGGUCUCCUAUAAUACUGAUCAGUGUAUUGUCAUCAGUGGAGAGAGUGGUGCUGGGAAAACAGAAAGCGCCCACCUAUUAGUCCAACAGCUGACCGUCCUCGGAAAGGCAAACAAUCAGACCCUCCAAGAGAAGAUUUUGCUGGUCAACAGUCUGGUGGAGGCCUUUGGAAAUGCCUGUACUGUGAUCAAUGAUAACUCCAGUCGCUUUGGGAAGUAUCUGGAGAUGAAGUUCACAUGUGGAGGCACAGUUGUGGGAGCUCAGAUCUCUGAAUACCUCCUGGAGAAAUCCCGGGUCAUACACCGGGCCGUAGGGGAACGUAAUUUCCACAUCUUCUAUUACAUCUAUGCCGGUCUGGCAGAGAGGAAGAAACUUGGCCACUAUAAGCUGUCAGACAGCAAAACACCAAAGUAUCUCCACAAUGAGAAUGUUAAAUUAGUGCCUGACAUUGUGGGCAAUGCCUUCUAUAAGGAGCAGUUUGAGACAGUGGAGCAGUGCUUCAAAGUCAUUGGCUUCACACUAGAGGAGCUUGGAAGCGUUUACAGUACCUUAGCCGGGAUCCUAAAUGCAGGUGAUGUUGAGUUCACAUCAGUGGCUUCAGAACAUCAGACGGACAAAAGCAAUAUUUCCAACAUGGCAGUACUAGAGAGUGCUGCAUCGCUGCUGUGUAUCCGUGCCGAUGAGCUCCAGGAAGCGCUGACUUCUCACUGUGUGGUCACACGGGGCGAAACCAUCGUCAGGUCAAACACAGUGGAGAAGGCCAUUGAGGUUCGGGACGCCAUGGGCAAAGCCCUCUACGGACGCCUGUUCAGCUGGAUCGUCAACCGCAUCAACUCUCUCCUGAAACUAGAUAGCCUGUCAGGGGAGGAAGACAAAGGUCUGAACAUUGGUAUUCUGGACAUCUUUGGCUUUGAAAACUUUAAGAGGAACUCUUUUGAGCAGCUGUGCAUCAACAUCGCCAAUGAGCAGAUCCAGUUCUACUUCAACCAGCACAUCUUCGCCUGGGAACAGGAUGAGUAUCUGAACGAAGAUGUGGACGCUCGAGUGAUUGAAUAUGAAGACAACCGGCCGCUGCUGGACCUCUUCCUCCAGAAGCCCAUGGGCAUGUUAGCACUACUGGAUGAGGAGAGUCGCUUCCCUCAGGCUACUGACCAGACCCUCGUCGAGAAAUUUGAGGACAACUUAAAAUCCAAAAACUUCUGGAGACCAAAGAGGGUUGAUCUUGGCUUUGGAAUACAUCACUACGCAGGCAAGGUGAUCUAUAAUGCCAGUGGUUUUCUGGCUAAGAACAGAGAUGCUCUGCCCGCUGAUAUUGUUCUCUUGUUGAGGUCUUCAGAGAAUGAACUGGUCCGUAAACUGGUUACUCACCCACUCACCAAAACAGGUAACCUGGCUCACACUAAGGGCAAGGCUGCUAGCUCUGCUCGUAUGUCCACACAACAAUCACAGCCCACCAUUAACUUUGCCAAGUUGGAAGGUCUUAUGUUGUUCAGUACUGUAUCAUUCAGUGAGUCUUCCUCCCGGAAAUUAACUCCCACCAAUGACAAAACAAUGCUUCCCUUGCCAGUUGACACUGUACAAAUGGCGGAGAGCACGGGAGACACCAUACAUCACCCCAGAGAGACCACCAACAUGAAGACUCAGACUGUAGCCUCUUACUUCAGAUAUUCUCUAAUGGAUCUGUUAUCAAAGAUGGUGGCGGGCCAGCCUCACUUUGUACGUUGCAUAAAACCCAACAAUGAUCGUCAAGCCCACAAGUUCGACAGGGAGAAGGUUUUGAUUCAACUACGCUACACUGGUAUUCUAGAGACGGCUAAGAUACGCAGACAGGGCUACUCUCAUCGCAUUCUCUUCGAUAACUUCAUUGAGAGGUACUCGAUAUUAGCAUUUAGAGCCAAUGAGGAGCCACCAAUGAAUCCAGAGACAUGUGUUGCUAUUUUGGAGAAGGUCAAACUAGAGAACUGGGUUCUGGGCAAAACAAAGGUCUUUCUUAAGUACUAUCAUGCAGAGCAACUGAAUCUGAUGGUGAGACAGACCACAGACCGGAUUGUUCUAGUCCAAGCACAUGUACGAGGCUGGCUGGCGUUCAGACGAUACCGUUUGAUGCUUGAAAAGAGAAAACAAAGUGCUGUGCUUUUGCAGUCAGUGUGCAGAGGAUAUCUAGCAAGGCAGAAAUACAAGGAAUUACAAGAGGAGAAGAACAAAGCUGCUGCAAAAAUCCAGGCCCAUUACAGAGGACACAAAGAGAGGAAAAGCUUCAAGAGGAAAAAGGAAGCCAUGCAGAAGGAAAAAGCUGAGAAGACCGAAGAAGUGGAGGAGGCCCCAUCAGAAGCAGAUGGUCCAGUUUCCGAGGAACCUCCACGGGAAGGAGAUGAGGCAGUAACGGAUGAUGCUGAUGAAAAGGCCGCUGUGGUACUCCAGAGCAACUACCGAGGUUACAGAGAAAGGAAGAAAUACAAGGAGCAUCAGGAACGGAAUAAGACCUUGACCGGGGAUGAGCUGGCCAUUUCUUCAUCUACCCAUGAAGAAGUCACUUCGGGAGAAGAUUUGGAUUCUAUUCAAGAGGUAAUACAGGAGAAUAUGGAGAAGGAAGGGAGGGAGGCUGAGGAGGAGGCUGCAAGUGGAGAAGAUGAAAACAAUGAACAAGAAGCCAAGGCAGCCACUGUUAUCCAGAGCAACUUCAGAGGUCAUAAAGAACGUAAAAGACUCCAAGAGGAGGGGAAGAUGCCAGUUAGAGGGAAGAAGGAGACAGAGAGCCCUCCAGUUGAUGAGGAGUUUCCUAUUCCAGAUCCACCACCCCCAGAAGAACUGCUGGAAUUCACUGAGGACAUGGAACAGGAAGAUGAGACUCCAGCUCAGCCACCAGGAGAAGAUGAAGAAGCCAAAGCCGCUGUGGUUCUUCAGAGCAACUUCCGUGGCCACAAAGAGCGUAAAAGACUCCAAGAGGAAGGCAAAAUCCCCAAGAAAAAGACAAAUGUAGAAAUGGCUGACCCAGACACUUCAGAACUAGACAUUUCUCUUGAAGAACUUCCACCACCUCCAUUAGAAUUUGAGCAAGACCAAGAGCUAGAUUUCAGUCGGACUGAACAAGAAAUGGCACUAGAGGUGGAGGAGCAGGUGAAUGACGAAGUUCUGGACAUCACAGAUGUUCAGCUGGAACGAAGGAGGGUAGAAGAAGAGGAGAACACUCAGGCAGAGGACAGCCAAUAUGAUGAGGAGCAGGCAGCCAUUAAAAUCCAGAGCAAUUUUAGAGGUUACAAAGACAGAAAGAACCUGAAAGCUACAUCACAUAAACAGGAUGAGGAAGCUGAGUCACUCUUCAAACAGGUAACCAGUGCCUCUGAAGAUUACUUAUCACUGCAGAAGAAGUUAAAUGAAAUCAUCCUUGCCCAUCAGCUCAACCCCAGUGAAAAUGGAAUGUUUGUGAAAGGAAAACCUAUGAAUGGCUACAUGGGCUGUUACCAGCCACCAGCCGACACAAUGCAGUCACGAACAUCUCGCCGCACACAACAACCAAAGACCCUGAACACACCAGAGGACUCCACAUACUACACACUCAUUCAUAGGUCUGUCCAGGACAAUAAAAGGAGGUCAAGAAAACAAAGCCCCAAGAGGCUGGACAAUGAUGACCAGUACUACCAGGGCUUGUCCAGCACUAAGUCCACAAGCCUGCCCAGUGACAGACGGCGCUUGAGCAAACGCAGAUCCUCUUCCGAGAGACCACUGUCUGAUGUCCCUAAAUCUGAUCUCCCUAAGGACCCGACGGAGAAGAGGCACUCGUUCUCUAGAAUGCCCUCUACAGAGAGUCAAAGUGAGGACAACCCUUAUGACUACAGAAAGAUACUGAGGAAAACCUCCCAGAGACGAAGGCUUAUAACACAGCCUGUCAGUGACUGAGGAGGUCAGCGAAAAACUUUUUCCUUAAAGGACGGGUUCACCCAAAAACUGCAUUUCCUGGCAUCAUUUUCUCGCCAUUAGAGCCUGUCCUCCAACAAAAAACGACCAUAUAGGUAGUUUGUGCAAGCAUCUUAUUAUGACCUAUAUUAACGUUUUAAAGUUAAGAAGCCUCUAGUGGUCGUAAAAAUAAUAACAGUAUCGCAUUGCGUCGAAAUGACGUAUAAUGUCAUUACCAAUCAAAACGCACGUUUAUUUAAAUGCAAUGCGUGGACUUUUUACACCACAGUAAUAUGUACAUAUUUUACUAGGUGGCUUAUUCGUUCGAAUGACCACACCUAACCUAACCCCACCCCUAAACCUAACCCUCACAGAAAUCAUGCUAAAUUAUGAUUUAUUGAGCAUAUACAUUUUACGUGCACGUCCAUUCUCUGGGUUUGAACCCAUGUUAGCAUGAUUAAAUAUCGAGGUAUAACGCAAUGAUCUACCAAUUGGCCUACAUGAAACGCAAAUCAGAGUGCACAUAAAAGAGUACAAAACAUUAAUAUGAAAAUGACCUUUUGCCGAUAGGAGCCCAAUUGUAGUAUACGCUCUGAUGGGUCGUAUUUCAGGGAUUUUGACAAAUGAUCUAUACGAGCGUAUUGGUUGGAGGACAGGUUGGAUAAUCCUAGGCUCUCAAUCUUCAAAAAGAGCACAAAGUAAUAUUUGAUUCCUCAAAGAAUUGUUCGUUUGAGUCAGAUCUGAAUCAGUUGAGAAGAUUGUUCACAAAUCGGACUGAUCUGGUUCAACUCUGUGAUCCGGUACAGCUCACUGGAGGGAUGUCCUGUUCCUUUAAGUUAUACAUCAUGUUUUCAGUCCAUUUUGGUUUGGUUUCCCAAAGAAUCUCAGCACUAUUUCAGAAAGCGCUGUCUUUAGUUUAUAUAGUUACAUAAAUAACGGAUGGAGCUGAAGAGCUGAUGGUGACAGGACUUGUGUGCUGCCCUUGCUUGAUUUUUAACUCUGGUUUAGCAGUUGAUGUUUUCUGGAUGUUGAUGCAUUCUGUGCGAGUCUUUCUGAAGAUUUGUCUUCAAAGAUAUGCCAGUUAGGUUAUAUUGGAAUUAAUGUCUGUUCAGGAUUCUUUAGUGAGUCAGACUCGCUGCAUAAUUUCUGCAUAAACAAUAACAGAUGCAUCAUAAUAUUUUCUUGUAUCUGCACUUGUAUCUGCACAUCUAAAUUGUAUCUUAAUAUAUACUUUUUAUUUAAUAUGUAUAUGUAUGGAUGUGUAUUCCUGAAAUGUCACAUAUGUAAAUAUGUUUUUCUAAAUAUUUAAUUAUGUAAUUAGUAUAAUUAAAUGAUAAAAUUAUUAAAUUGUACAUAAUGAUGAUGUUAAACCCAGUUCAGAUUAAAGUUACAUUAAAAUGUGAUUAUUAGUAGACCAGUUUCAUUUUCUUAAGCCCUUCUCAGCUCAUUCCAUUUAUGUGCCCUUUUUGAUGUAAAAUACAUUAUGAUAUUAAAAUGUUCAGGUUUAGGUAACAAUGAAUGAAAUGAAAAUAUGGUUUCGGGAUGUAGAUUGUUAUAUUAAAAGCAGCUUCCUAACAUAAAUUCUGAAUUUAAUUUUA